AUGGCAUCAAACAGCAGUAAAAACAGUAGUAGCUUCAGCAAUAAGCAACAAUUAUUGCCACCACCACCACCACCAAGUAAAUGUCCAGCAUCAAACACAACUACACCCACAAACAGUCGUCAGAUUAAACCACCUUCAACAAACUGUAGCAGCAACGAAACAACCACAUCAACAACAACAAAAAAUUCAACAGUGACUUCCAUCAGUUCUACAAACGCUAGCACGGACGCCCACGAUGUAUUUGCAUCUUCAUCCUCUGCCUCAUCUACUUCGACAAAUAUUUUGAAGACAUCGACGAAGUUCAUAUAUAACAAGCCACAGAACCAUUUUGAGCUGCUGCAGCAACAGCUUCAGUUACAACAGGAGUUCGCACAGUUUCUGACUAAUGUGGCCAACAGCGCCAACUCGAGCGCUGUCAGCGGCGCAAGCGGUGGUGAACAUAGCGGUGGCAUUGGGAGCAGCUCCGCGGGCGCAGCUGCCAACAAAAGCUCAAAUUUUCAAUCGUCGUAUAAUAUGCCCUCGUGGUCUAAUUGGUUUUUCUAA